UAUAUAUAAAUACCCACCUCGGGGAGUUUAGUGGAGAGUGAGUUUUUGUCACCCUUUCUCUCUCCGUCACUCCCUAUCAGUUCGACUCGAUUCGAGGAAGACAAUGGGGGAAUGAGUGGUGGUGUUCAGAGGAUCUGAUCCAAUUGAUGGUCCUUUGUGCAUUUUAGGGUGUUCAAAGAUUUUGCACGUGGAGUCUGAGCCUGAGUCUCUGAUUGCUGAGAUUUGGGUGAGGAGCCGGUGAAUGGGGAUUCAGACAAUGGGGUCGCAGGGCAGCGGCGGCACUGGCGAGCAGCGAUCUGAGAUUCAGAGCUUGGCGAGGCAAGGAUCCCUUUAUUGUCUCACUCUCAAUGAGGUUCAGAACCACUUGGGGGAACCCUUGAGCAGUAUGAACCUUGAUGAGCUCCUCAAAAGUGUGUUCCCGGAGAGCAACCAAUCCUUGGGAAUGAACCUUGACUGUGCCACCAGCCAAUAUACCUCUGGUUCUGGCCUCCAGCGCCAGGGAAGCAUUACCAUGCCACGGGCCCUAAGCAAGAAGACAGUGGAUGAGGUGUGGAGAGACAUCCAGCAGGUGCAGCAGAAGAGCAACGAGGAGCAGAGAUCGGGCCAUGGGAGGCAGUUGACGCUUGGGGAGAUGACACUGGAGGACUUUCUGGUGAAGGCUGGGGUGGUCGUAGAGGGCUCUGCUAAGGAUGCGAAUGAUAUAAUGGGGAAUGUAGGUCCUGGUGGAAGUUCUGACCCGAUGGCUGGGGUGCAGGAUUUUGGACAACGGGUACAUUGGUUGCAGCAGUACCAUCAGAUGGCUGCUGUGGAUCAGCAGCAGCAGGGGCAGCAAAGCUUGAUGGGUGCUUAUGUGCCAAGCCAUCCAGUCCCACAGCCUUUGGCUUUGGGUGUUGGCACCAGCCCCAUUCUGGAUGCCGUCUUCCCUGAUGGCCAGUUGAACAUUUCAUCUCCAGGGAUGGGGGCAUUCUCUGAUCCACAGACACCAGGUCGUAAACGAGCUGCUUCAGGGGACAUGCUUGAUAAAUUAAUGGAGAGGAGGCAGAAGAGGAUGAUCAAGAAUCGGGAGUCUGCUGCCCGUUCAAGAGCUAGGAAGCAGGCCUACACAAAUGAGCUGGAACAUAAGGUUUCUCGCCUGGAAGAGGAAAAUGAGAGGCUGAAGAAGCAGAAGUUUUAUCUUCCUUGUAGGGACACAUGCGGUCUUUGAGUGGGAAAAGCAUCUCUAUUGGUGACUGAUCAUGAAGACUAGAAUUUCUGAAUGGCAAAUUCAAUAAGAAAGGAUAAGAUGCCAACAGUUGUUUGCAUAGUUGGUUAGCCUCCCCUCUCCUGAAGGCUUCCUUGGGGAGGUCCAGGGUUUGAAUCUUGAUGGUGGCACAUUGUCUCUGUAUUUCUCCCAAAGAAUUGGACAAGUUACUGUUCUCGUACCUCUACCAGAGCGAGGUAUCAGCUCGGCGACCAAGUUCAACCCCCUUCUGAUCAUGUUCAUAUUGAGUUUUGUAGAUUGAAAUGGGAUGUUAUCUUGCAUUUGGGUUAGAAAUAAUUCGGUAGGUUUGAGUUUUUAGCUGUCCAACUCUGGGUAUUAAGAUUCUGGGAGGCCCCUGCAUAUGCUGGUGCUGCCAUUACUCCCUGUUUUCAGCUUCUAUUAAGGCUUUGUUCGAUGUAAAUCUGCUGACACAUGAGCACUUCUAUGAAUUCUUUUAUAUAUCUUCAUGUGUCGUUUUUUUUACAUUUUAGCAUUGGUGGCUAUUAAACUAGGGGAUAAAAGGUGAAGAUGUGCGCAAACUGCAGCUCUGAUAAUUAUGGGGGGUAAGAUAUAUAAAAAUGCUGCAGCACUUGAAAGGUUAAUUUCAGUACUCUUUGUAUGUUUAAGUGAAUUCUUCCUGAACCGUAAACGGAGACAUCAUGCUUUUUCAUAUAAAGUUGCUGCAGGAUUUGUAUGAUACAUAUGGCUUGUAAAUUCCAACUUGAACAUUGGAGGUUCGGUUAAAAAAAUU